UGAGCCAAUCAGUUGUGUUGUGACAAGGUAUACAGAAGAUAGCCCUACUUGGUAAAAUACCAAGUCCAUAUUAUGGCAAGAACAGCUCAAAUAAUACUUUACAAGACAUGAAGGUCCGUCAAUCCGGAAAAUCAACAACUCUAAACCAUAGGGUUUUACAAGCCAAACUUUUCUUGUCAACAAAGGCAGAAUCUCUACGAACAAUACAAACCUGUUUUUAUCCAGGGUGUUCCCAUUUCCACAACUAGGCAUUUGUAGACAUGAAAGUAAAAGUUAGAAUUGUUAAAUAAAUACCUAGUUGUGGUACGACGCUAAGCCACACCAGUGUUCUGAACGUACAAAAGGUCAAUUGCACUGUGUAUUGUACCAGAGCAAUUCUUAAAAUGUUAUUUCACCUUUAUUUAACCAGGUAGGCUAGUUGAGAAAAAGUUCUCAUUUACAACUGCGGCCUGGCCAAGAUAAAGCAAAACAGAGUUACACAUGGGAUAAACAAACGUAUAGUCAAUAACACAAUUGAUACACUGUAUGCCUGCAGAAAAACUAGGAGAAUCCUAGAAGAGUUAGGAGAACACUAGAAGAGUUAGGAGAACACUAGAAGAGUUAAGAGAACACUAGAAGAGUUAGGAGAACACUAGAAGAGUUAAUGAGAACACUAGAAGAGUUUGGAGAACACUAGAAGAGUUAGGAGAACACUAGAAGAGUUAAGAGAACACUAGAAGAGUUUGGAGAACACUAGAAGCGUUAGGAGAACACUAGAAGAGUUAGGAGAACACUAGAAGAGUUAGGAGAAUACUAGACGUAAAUGAGUCUCAUGGAUUGUUUCAUGUUUGACACUAUGGAACAAUGUCUCAGAUAAAAGCAUGCAACUUUUCACCAGAUAAGCACAGAACAUAGAUUAACAAAAAGUAUCGUUUUUAUUUCACAACCUUGGAAUUGCCUUGGAAAAGUGCCAGUUUACUGGUACUCUGCAACUGUGGAACUUUCUGACAUUGAAGAACAUUGUACCAUAGCAGAGCUAUAAGACUGGGCCCCUCAAUCCCAGCACCAGUGGUCCAUACACACAGACACAUCAAUGACACAUAGACAUACAGUAGAUAGAUGCUGUAGGUAUAGUGAUAUAUAUAAGAUAGAUAUAGUGAUACAUAUCGUAGAUUCUAUAGCUAUAGAUAGACCCACAGUAGAUAGAUAUACUGGUGCAUAGAUAUAGUGAGACCUAGACACUGAAGCCAUGUUCGCUCUAUGUGCCACGACUCUCCUGUACUUCCUGUCUUUUAGCCAAUCAGCUCCUGCUGCAGCUCUAGCCUGUGAGGACCUCCUUAAGCCCAUGGAUCCACCACGACUAGACCAGCAGCUCUUGAGGAAAUGGGCCCUCGUCGCAGGCAGCCUGAGCCACCCUGCAUCCCUGGAGAGUCUCAAGACCAGAGACGGCAUCACCAUGGAGUUUUCACCCUCUACCCCCAACACCACCCAGAACUCCAACACCACCACAACCGUCCACUACACCCAGACUAACCGUUUCGGCAGCCGAUGCAAGUCUCUAACCUACAAUAUCUCACUCAUCAACGACAACAGCACCUUCCAGUUCGACGUGGGGGGCCGAUUCAACCUCACUGGGGUCUUCCUGGAGACCUCCUGCCCAGACUGUCUGGUGAUGAAGUGGGAGGUGAGCUCCAGGAGGAGGGAGUCUACGGACCUGUACCUGCUGAGGAAGACGGAGGGUGGGAGAGAGGUGGAGGAAGAGGAGAUGGAGGAGUUCAGGAAACAGGUGGAGUGUAUGGGGCUGCCGCCGCCAGUGGUGAUGGAGCCAGGGAAUGCCCUCUGUGGUUCCUAUGAGCUCCCCUGGAAACACUGAGGAGGAGGAGAAGACGAAGACGAAGCUCGAUCAGUGUGAUCAGAGAGUGGGGGCCGUGAGACCGAUGUAGAGACACGUUUUCUGUCAUCUGUUUUGUAAUCCAACAUUUCUGUGUUUACUGUUUGUCGAUGACCUGUAGAAUUUUGAGGGGGAAAAAAGAUGCAGGAUUUGUCAUAUUAUUCUGUCUUCUUUGCCUCUUUAACAGAUGUAAUUUCGUUCACAGACUGAUUUAAUGUCCCAGAGCUGAAGCUAAUUCACAGAGACAGUGGGAUCCAGCAGGAAUGUCAGGACGUCAUUAGGACCGCUCCAAACUCUAUGCACAAUGGGAAAGAAAAUUAUUUUAUAAUUGGAUUACUUUUGUAUAAUUUGGCAUAACCUCAUUUGUCCAUGCUUUAAAGUUCUCAUACUAUUAAUUCUCAGAUUAAACUGGAUGGAACAGUGAACAAUUUGCCAUUUGUGAGUGAGAGAGUGUUUCUGCAGAUGUGGGCGUGCACAAGCAAGGGGGGAAAUGUGGGUGUGAGUACGGACAUGGACAGGGCCAGGGAGAGAGUAACCUACUUUCAGAACUAUUGGGUACUUGGUCCUACUUGGGCACUUGGUUCUGAUUAGACAUGACGUACCUGUAGGAUCGACGUCCCAAAUUCCACAACAAGAAUAAGAAGCUCCCCUGUAGAUCAGGAACGUUCCAGCCCAGUGGCGUCGUCACCAGCACAGACGAUACCACAUCAACAGACCGACCUGCUGAAGACUGACUGUUAUAAACUGUUCUAGUCCAGACUGUUGUUUCAAGUCAACAGAGCCAGCCAAUUGGCAGUCUACCCGUCUCAUCAUGGCAACAAUGGAGCCGGUGGCCAACCGACAGAGCUCAGCCGACUCAUUGGACGAGUGGGCCAGCGAGGUUUGGGGGAUGGAGGAGGGCGAAAUGGACCCCACUCUGGCCCAGGACACUACCCCUCGUCCUCACCCGUUGGUAAAACAGGCACCCAGGACAAAGUCAGAAGACCUGGGGUCGGAAUCUCCAGAGGCUCCAAAGCCUAGACCCCAAGUGUCUCCCUCAAGUGAGAACCUUACAGACUCAACAAACAAAAUGGCAGAAGUGGUUCCUAAAAUGGAGCAGGAGGCACUUUCUGGGGUAAAUCAGGUGCCUAGUAGUAGAAUCCAGGUAGGUGAUAGUGAAUUGGAACGAGACCUUAAUAUGAUAGAUGACAAUCACUGUGAGAAGGAGGAAGAUGCCGUUGCUUUUCGGUUGCCUCUUGCCUGCACUGGCCAAGCCUCAC